AUGGCCAAGUUCAAUGUUGCUCGCGAACUCAGAUUCUGCGCCAACAUUGUCAUACCCAGCAAGGAAAGGGCUCUUGAUACGGCGACGAAUAUUUUUCAGUGUAAUGCUGGUCGCCGCCAUAGGGUCUUCUUUACAGAUGGUUCUACGAUCACGACACCAAAAUCACUUAAGAAAGCCAGAGCCAUUCCAUCUGGCGCCGCUGUCGCUUAUCAGCCUCUAACGCCUAAGAAAGAUAGGCACUGGAACGUAAAACACUUUACUCUAACUAGCCGAGGGCGAGACUCUGCCUUUACCGAGCUCGCUGCCAUUGUACACGCUUUAACUUUUGCCGUGAUGGAGAGGGCACUUUACUUGGACAAUAAUAAGAAGACCUCCAAUGGCAAGGCCAGGUGGUCCAAGGUGACAGUCUUUAGCGACUGCACCAGCGUUUUGCAAACAAUAAGCAAGCUUCGAGAGAGCACUACGAUCAACGCCCGAUUGCUUGACGAUCCCAUUAUCCGCCAUCUCAUGGCUGUAUCACAAUAUCUCUGCGAUAAUGAAGUCCAGCUUGAAUUGCGUUGGGUUCCAGGUCAUUCCAGUGUGGAAGGCAAUUGCCACGCCAACGCUGCAGCUCGUUAUGCAGCAAAGCAUCCAUAUGUCGGCAUGCAUUUAGAGUAA